GUGCGGCGGAGGAGAGAAAGCAUCUUUGUCUGCACAGAGCAGAACAGCUCUGCUGGGCUUCCCUGCCUGCUUUCAUCCUCACAGCAACAUCCAAACAUAAGGGAGACUCUCUGAAAACAGGGGGAUUCAUCUGCCGCAUUCAUCUCUGCUGAAAAUUUCGGACUUUUUCCUCCUCUAUCUUCCUUUCCCUCUCUCCUUUCUCUCUCUCUCUCCAUUGUGCUUUCCUUUUUUUGUUUUUGUUGCCUGGCUGGAAUAAUCCACCCCUCCUCUGUAUCCAUGUGUCAGAGCGCUGGAUGAUGCGCAGGUAAAUGACACCGCGCGCCUCCUACACAUAAACGACCUUACGGACGGAGGAUAUUGGGAUGCUGAGCAGAGUGGAGGCUGUACCUAGGCUGCAUGCCUAGCUAACCCAUGGAGAACUGACAGCAGCAGUGCUGGAUGGAGGCCAAAUCACUGGAUGGCGAAGGCGAGGAAGCACACAGUACCGUGGAUAACUCGCAUUGUUUGUUCUCUUCCCUAAACUGAUGCAGUUGUAGAUGCAACUUGAUUGUAAAGAGAUGGAAAAAAAACAGAUCAGUAUAGGAAGUCAGUGCUGAACCAUCUGUGCUGCACUUAGAUUUGAAGUGCGGGUUAUUUUUUGCCAAUUUUAGGGCUCUAACAAAAGCAGUGAUAGACACCAGAUAAUACUCCCUGAUUAAAUUGGAGAAGACACAGACGCCAGCAAUAGAAAGCAGAGAGGAACCAUCAUGGGCAGCAGUAAAUGCAAGGUUUCCUGGCUUUUGUUUUUAGCAGGCUUAGUUUUAACAGGAGUGGCUUUGGAAUAUGAAGGAGUACCCGGUCAGUGGACUCGCUUUGCUCAGUGGGACGCAAAGACAACAGGUGAGCUCAGCUUCAUUCUGAAGACCAACAUCAGCAAAGCCCUGGUCCUCUAUCUCGAUGACGGGGGGAACUGCGACUUCUUGGAGCUCCUGAUUGCAGAGGGCAGGCUACAGGUCCGCUUCACCAUUCACUGCGCUGAGCCGGCCUCUUUGCACACGGAGACAUACGUCAGCGACCAGCGCUGGCAUAGAGUCCUCCUCACUCGCAAUUACAGAGAAACACGAUUGGUGCUGGACAAUGAGGAGAAAGUGGCUGAGGUGAAGUCCAAAAGGAAAGAGAUGGUGGUCGCAAGCGACCUUUACGUUGGUGGGAUCUCACCCGACGUUCGUCUCUCCGCUCUCACAUCGAGCACCGUCAAGUACGAGCCCCCAUUCCAGGGCUUUAUAACCAAUCUGAAAGUUGGAGACGCUCUACCUGUGCUGCUGGAUGGUCAAGCCGUGCAUAAUGAUCUGGAGUACAUAUGUGACACACACUCUCCCUGCAGCAACAAAGGCCUGUGCUCCGUCAGUCAAGGAGAAGUCCUCUGUGAAUGUAUCAAUACCAUCUAUAGGGGAAGGUACUGCCAAGAAGCUGUCCAGAGAGAAGUUGAAGGUCUGGCGCACCUGAUGUUAAACCGCCAAGUUUUACGCCAAGGGCAGCAGGAGUCAGUGGCUACCUUUAAAGGCAAUGAGUUCUUCAGCUACAACCUGUCCACAACUCCCAUUCAGAGCAGUCUGGAUGAGAUCACGCUGUCCUUCCGCACCCUGCAAAGAAAUGGCCUGCUGCUCCACACGGGAAAGUCAGCUGAUUAUGUUAACCUGUCGCUGAGAAACGGAGCUGUGUGGCUGGUGAUAAACCUGGGCUCCGGUGCCUUUGAAGCCCUGGUGGAGCCUGCCAGUGGAAAGUUCAAUGACAACGUUUGGCACGAUGUCCGAGUGACACGCAACCUUCGACAGGUGACAAUCUUGGUGGACGGGAUCCUCACCACCACCGGCUACACCCAGGAGGACUACACUAUGCUGGGUUCUGAUGAUCUUUUCUAUAUAGGAGGCAGCCUGAACACAGCCGACCUGCCGGGCUCCCCGGUCAGCAACAACUUCAUGGGCUGUCUGAAGGAUGUGGUCUACAGGAAUAAUGAGUUUAGACUGGAACUGUCACGCCUGGCUGAGCAGCGAGACCCCAAGAUCAGUAUCCAUGGCGACCUGAUAUUCAGCUGUGAAAACGUGGAAGCUCUUGAGCCGGUCACCUUCGACACACCGUCUGCCUACCUGACAUUGCCCAGGUGGAACACAAAGAAGACCGGCGCCAUAUCUUUCGACUUCCGCACCACAGAGUCCAACGGCCUGCUGCUGUUCAGCCACGGCAGCCAGCAGGGAGUGUUGCCCGAUAGGAAGCCACGCGCUGACUUCUUUGCCAUAGAGCUACUGGAGGGAUUUCUCCACUUGGCCAUGGAUAUGGGUUCUGGCAGCAUUAAGAUCAAGGCCAGCAACAAGCGGCUUGACGAUGGCGAGUGGUGGCACGUGGACUUCCAAAGAAAGGGGAGAAAUGGCUUUAUCUCUGUAAACAGCCAGAGCAUCCCCUUCACCGCCAACGAAGGCAGCGAGAUCCUUGACUUGGACGGAGACAUGUAUCUCGGAGGUUUACCCGAAGACCGGCAAGCCCUCAUUCUGCCCCCCGAGGUAUGGACGGCCUCCCUGGGCCUCGGCUUUGUGGGCUGCGUGAGGGACAUCUUCAUCGACGGGCAGAGCCGCAACCUGUGGAGGCUGGCAGAGGUGCAGAGUGCCACGGGUGUUAGCAGCUUCUGCACCAGGGAGACCCAUCUGAGAUGCUCCAGAGACACGUGUGCCAAUGGUGGACAUUGCAGAGAGGGCUGGAACCGGCAUGUCUGCGACUGCAGUGGCACAGGCUACGUGGGCCCCAGCUGUGAGAAGGAAGCCACAGCGGUGAGUUAUGAUGGCAGCAUGUAUCUGAAGGUGGUGCUGCCGAGGACGCUACACACAGAGGCCGAGGACGUGUCCCUGCGCUUCAUGUCCCAGAGGGCCUUUGGUCUGCUGAUGGCCACCACAUCUCAGCAGUCAGCGGACACCCUGCGCAUAGAGCUGGACGGAGGCAGAGUCAAGCUCACUGUGAACCUGGAUUGUAUCAGGAUAGACUGUAAUCUCAGCAAGGGACCAGAGACUCUCCUUGUAGGCGAGAAGCUGAAUGACAAUGAGUGGCACACAGUGAAGGUGGCACGACGUGGGAAGAACUUGCAGCUUUGUGUUGACAAUGUGACAAUGGAAGGCCACAUGACUGGUGCUCACACCCGGCUGGAGUUCAACAACAUCGAGACAGGAAUCAUGACAGAGCGGCGCUUCAUCUCAGUGAUGCCUUCCAAUUUCAUUGGCCACUUGCAAGCGCUCUCCUUCAAUGGGAUGCUCUACCUGGACCAGUGCAAGAAUGGAGACAUCUCCUUCUGCGAGCUUAAUGCUCGAUUUGGCAUGAGACACAUUGUGGCCAAUCCUGUGACUUUUCUAACUCAAGCCAGCUAUUUGGCCUUUUCCACCUUGCAGGCCUACGCCUCCAUGCACCUCUUUUUCCAGUUCAAAACCACCAGUACUGAUGGCCUGAUACUGUAUAACUCUGGAGAUGGCAGUGACUUCAUCGUAGUGGAGCUGGUCAAAGGGUACAUUCAUUAUGUUUUCGACUUGGGCAAUGGACCGUCACUAAUGAAGGGAAACUCUGACAAGCCUCUCAACGACAACCAGUGGCACAAUGUGGUGAUCUCCCGUGACAACAACAACGUGCACGUACUUAAGAUUGAUUCCCGCACUGUGACUCAACACACCAAUGGAGCCCGCAAUCUGGACUUAAAAGGGGAGCUGUACAUUGGUGGUGUUGGAAAAAGCAUGUACAGCAGCCUUCCCAGGUUAAUUGCUUCCCGGGAAGGCUACAAGGGCUGCCUGGCUUCAGUGGACUUAAAUGGAAGGCUCCCAGACCUCCUGGCAGAUGCCCUUCACAAGGUGGGAGAGGUGGAUCGCGGCUGUGGAGGCCCCAGCACAACCUGCACAGAGGACUCCUGCCACCACCAAGGUGUGUGUCUGCAGCUGUGGGAGGGCUUCUCCUGUGACUGCACCAUGACCACCUACGGAGGACCUUUCUGCAGUGACCCUGGGACCACGUACAUCUUUGGGAAAGGAGGGGCUCUUAUUACCUUCACCUGGGCUCCCAACGAAAGGCCAAGCACACGCGCCGACAGGUUAGCCGUGGGCUUCAGCACUCAGCAGAAGGAGGCCAUUUUAGUGCGUGUGGAAAGCACCCACGGUCUCGGAGACUAUCUCCAGCUGCACAUUGAUCAAGGAAAAGUGGGUGUCAUCUUUAAUGUGGGAACAGAUGACAUCUCCAUUGAAGAGCCAGCUGCCAUUGUAAAUGAUGGAAAGUACCACGUUGUGCGCUUCACACGCAGUGGUGGCAAUGCCACUCUCCAGGUGGACAACCAUCCAGUCAUUGAACGGUACCCACCAGGACACUAUGAUAAUGAACGACUGGCUAUUGCUAGACAAAGAAUCCCGUACAGACUUGGUCGGGUAGUUGACGAGUGGAUAAACGAUAAAGGGAGACAGCUCACCAUCUUUAACAGCCAGGCUGCUAUUAAAAUUGGCGGCUAUGACAAGGGUCAGCCCUUCCAAGGUCAGAUCUCUGGGCUUUAUUACAACGGUCUUCAGGUGCUCAAACUGGCAGCAGAAAAUGAUCCGAGUGUUCAGGUGGAGGGGAACCUGCGCUUGGUAGGAGACUCGCUAUCGGCACUGACUACGGACACCACCUCUGUGACGCCGCUUGCUGUGUCCGACAUGUCCACCACCAUUAUGGAAACCACUACCACCAUGGCAACCACCACCACCCGCCGGCAGAGAUCCCCCAGCCUGAGGGAGAGCAUCUCAAAGCCUCAGAGCUCUGAUGAUAUUCUGGUGGCAUCAGCUGAGUGUCCAAGUGACGACGAGGACCUGGAAGAGUGUGAACCUGGAACAGGAGGUGAAUUAGUGUUGCCUAUUAUAACAGUGGAUUCCCUUGAGCCCCCAUCCAUUGCUACCCGUUACCCCGUCAUCCCCCCUCCUCCCACCCUCCUCUCCCCUCUUGAAACCACCAAAGAGUCCCUGAUCCUCCCCCCUCACCCCUCCUGCCCCCCGGACCAGGAGGACUGCGGUGACCCUGUGGAAGUCUCGGCAUUCGGCUCGGGGGAGAUGACGGAAUCCGACGAUGAGGACUUUUACAAAAAUAACUCCCCCCUGGUCACUGACAGGACAGUCCUUCCUCCACCUCCCGCCGCCGGUGAGGGUGGAGUCCAGAAAUCCCGCCCCUUACCUCCUUUUGUUCCCACAACUAAUCCUGACCAGCUCCACAUCCCUGCAGGCAAAAUGAACACCCGUGACCAGGUGCUCCUGCCCCCUGCUCCCCCAUCCUCCCGUAACACACCAGGACUAACGUACCCCCCCAAUUUUCCCCAUGUGCCCACAGCCAAUCCCACAGCCUCUGAUGAAAAGAACCAACCAGGUGCCGUGGAGGUCAUCAGGGAGUCCAGUAGCACCACAGGGAUGGUGGUCGGUAUUGUGGCUGCUGCUGCUCUCUGCAUCCUCAUCCUCCUCUAUGCCAUGUACAAGUACCGCAACCGGGAUGAGGGCUCCUACCCAGCAGACCAGGGCCACACGUUUGCCAACAAUUCCACCGUGGAGGGCAAUGGAGCAGUGGUCAAAGACAAAAGCACAGCCACCGCCUCUGUGGCAAAGGCCAUCACAAAGGGCAAAAAGAACAAGGACAAGGAAUACUAUGUCUGAAACUAAAAGAGGAGAGUAAAGAAAGCUGGACUGAGACUGGGGGAUGAGAGUAUGCUGUUUUCUUUGUUCUGUUUUGUUUUUUCUGUUUUUUUUAACCUGUAUUUAUCAGGUAUCUGAAAAAGGUUCCAGUCUGCAAAGAAAUGUCCUCUAAAAGCAAAUCAAACAUCGGAUUUCCAGGAAAUUCCCCAGCAGUGUUAAAUUAAAUGUUGAUGAAACAUGAUCUAACCUUAUUCACCAUCUCUUUGUUGGUGCACAAUUUUUAUUUUAUGUUCCUAACUUGGCUAGAAAAGAGAAUAUCCACUUAGGCUUUGUACAUAGCAUGGAUAUGGUACUGUGAAGAAAGUGCUGAGGACAUCCAGUUCCUCUGGACUUCUUUGUAAUUCUCUAUCCUGAGUCUCGAUGUCCCCAUUAUGAUACAUGAAGCAGAACAGGCCAGUUAUUGAAUUUUUAUGGUAGAUGAGCAGCAGGCGCCACAGCAGCCCUCCUGAGCGCACUCGAAGAGAAAACCCUUUUCACUCGGAAGAGACAUCACAUCAGCAGCCUCCGUGUUACGUUAUGGGUUUUCUGUUUUCAAACUACCCCGAUCGCUCUGCGUUUGCCCAUCCACAUGAGAUGGGAUUAUUUCCACCGAUGGAUAGUUGUGCUGUGAACAAGCCAGGACAUCUAGCUCCAUCCUAAAGUGUUCACGAAAUCCCUCUACAUACCUCCACGCAGCGAUCCUCGAAUGUCUUAGUCAGAUGAAUCUGAGGUAUUAUUUGUGUGAGAUAAUUAAGUCAGUACUCCUUGAAGAAAUAAUUUUGAAGGUAUUCCUCUACGAACACUGCUUGUAUGUACUGUACAUAUAGAGGUUAGCAGACUGACAAAGAUGUGAUCAAAGCAAACGCAUCCGAGAUUGUUGGUCCAGCACUCAUCAUCAUUAUCGUCAUCACCACACCAAACUGUUGCAGUCCGAAUGGAGCUUUGAGAAGCACAGAAUCCCAAUUUUCUGGAGAACGUUUCAGAGAACGGCCGGCUCACUCCCAACCUUAUAUUUCCAAUAUACUGUCAUUUGAAAUUUUAAAAGCACACGGAAUGUGGAAGCAUUUCUCUAAGACAUAAGAUAAUCCUUGUAAAGCAGCCAAAACGUAAUAAUUUUUUUUAUAUCAGUUAUCCAGACUAUUCUAUGGGAUGAAAAAUUAAAUUUGUGAACUGUAAUAUUUCUCUGAUAUUUCGAUGUAUCUUGUUACCACUCUUCUUAACGUAUCACAUUUUAGAUUGCUUUCUACUUUAAUCUGGACAAAAAUAAAGAAUAAAAAGAAGCACACUCUCCUCUGAUAGCUGCAGAUAUCUCAUUGUUUUUAUUUUCCUUGUUUGCCUUUCAGAUUAUGCAGAGAAAACAGAGGGAUGGAAGAAAACAAUGUUUUUUUUUGGUGUGCUUUUUAUAUGUGCUAAAACUAAAUGAAUCAGAUGGUAUAACAACUUUUUUCAGUUAUCUACUCAUGCUGUGUGAUUUCUUUUUUUCUUUAUUAAAAGUGCCAUCCAGUGUGAGUUGCUCAGUUCUCAGAAAAUAUACCAUUCCUCACUCAUUGCUAUUGUAUAGUGUUCAUGUGAAAUGGAUCUUAAUAUGUGUACAGAACGUGGAUAAAGAUGAAAUACACUUGAUUAUAUACUUUGUACACACCUGUGUUAUGUGAUGUUUCUUGCUGACCUAAACUGAUCUUUGACACAUACAGCUAUUUCAAUUCAUAAAAGGGAAUUCAUCUUCUGCUCAUUAUGAUAAAUUUGGCUUCCAGUUAAUGAAAACACAAAACUCUGUUGCUCAGAAAACAUUUACCACAUGAAUGUCAGAUAUUUGAGCAAUUAGUCCAUCAGUUUAUUGUAUUUGUUGUUAGUUUUCUUUGAACUCUUGCACAUUAUUUGCACUUUUUCCUUCCACUCAACUUUCCAUUAAUAUUCCUAUCGACAGGUAGCUUCUUGAGCUGAAAUUCGGUUAGGUUGUCUUUUGUUUAAUUUGUUUUUUUGUUUUUAUUUUCUUUUGUUGUUUAAGCUCAUUG